AUGGCCGCCAUCGUGAACGCCUGUCUCUCUUGCUUAUCAACAGCCGACCGCUGGUGCCAUAUCACCGCCUGCCUUGGCCCUCUCAGCGGUCGCUCCAGAGAAGGAAUCUAUGACACAACGUUGGCCGAUAAUGAACGGGAAGCUGUUUCCGACCUUCUCGGCUAUCUUGAGAAUCGAGCUGAGACCGAUUUCUUUUCCGGCGAACCUUUACGAGCCCUGAGUACUCUGGUUUAUUCCGACAAUGUUGACCUCCAAAGGAGCGCUAGUCUGACAUUCGCUGAGAUUACAGAACGAGAUGUGCGCGAAGUCGACCGGGACACUCUCGAGCCCAUCCUGUUCUUACUACAAAGUUCUGAUAUCGAGGUCCAACGAGCUGCAAGUGCAGCUCUUGGAAACCUUGCGGUGAAUGCGGACAACAAGGUGUUGAUCGUCGCCUUAGGAGGGCUUGCCCCGUUAAUAAAGCAGAUGAUGUCACCAAAUGUUGAGGUUCAAUGUAACGCGGUUGGCUGCAUUACGAACCUCGCUACCCAUGAGGAUAACAAGGCUAAGAUUGCGCGCUCUGGUGCCCUGGGGCCGCUAAUUCGCCUCGCGAAGUCUAAGGAUAUGCGCGUGCAGCGCAAUGCGACAGGGGCGCUCCUCAACAUGACACACUCAGACGACAAUAGGCAACAGCUUGUUAAUGCCGGUGCAAUUCCUGUUUUGGUCCAGUUACUUUCGUCCUCUGAUGUCGACGUGCAGUAUUAUUGCACCACUGCCCUUAGUAACAUCGCCGUCGAUGCAUCAAACCGGAAAAGGCUUGCCCAGACCGAGUCCCGAUUAGUUCAGUCCCUUGUGCAUUUGAUGGACUCGUCUACUCCAAAAGUGCAAUGCCAGGCUGCCCUGGCGCUUCGAAACCUUGCCUCCGACGAGAAGUACCAGCUCGAGAUUGUUCGUGCAAAGGGGCUACCGCCGCUCCUCCGCCUUUUGCAGUCAUCUUAUCUUCCUCUUAUUCUCUCUGCAGUUGCCUGCAUUCGCAAUAUCUCAAUUCACCCUCUCAACGAAUCGCCCAUCAUUGAUGCCGGGUUCCUCAAACCGCUGGUCGACCUUCUGGGAUCAACAGAUAAUGAAGAGAUCCAAUGCCACGCAAUUUCUACUCUCCGGAACCUUGCCGCUAGCUCUGACCGCAACAAAGAGCUCGUCCUCCAAGCUGGUGCUGUCCAGAAGUGUAAAGAUCUCGUUCUACGCGUACCUGUCACCGUGCAGUCCGAGAUGACGGCUGCUAUAGCAGUCUUGGCACUUAGCGAUGAGUUGAAGCCUCAUCUUCUUAGCCUCGGUGUCUUUGAUGUAUUAAUUCCAUUGACUGAGUCUGAUAGCAUUGAAGUUCAAGGAAACAGUGCUGCUGCCCUUGGCAACCUCUCCUCCAAAGUUGGAGAUUACUCCAUCUUUGUCCGAGAUUGGGCGGAUCCUAAUGGAGGUAUCCAUGGGUAUUUGAAACGAUUCCUUGCUAGUGGAGACCCGACCUUCCAGCAUAUCGCCAUUUGGACUCUUCUUCAAUUGCUCGAGUCGGAAGACAAGCGCCUAGUGGGCUACAUCGGAAAAUCUGAUGACAUAGUCCAAAUGGUAAGGUCAAUAUCGGACAAGAAUAUCGAGUCCGAUGAAGAAGAUACCGAGGAUGGUGGCGAAGCAGAGGUCAUCGCGUUGGCACGGCGAUGUCUCGAGCUUCUCGGCGGCGGCCCUAAGCAGACUCUUGUAGAAGGUUAA